CGGUGCCCGCGCCCGCGCCCGCCGCCAUGGAGAUCCCCUCGCACUACCGGCAGCUGCUGCGGGAGCUGGACGAGCAGCGGCGGCUGGGGGUGCUGUGCGACGUGAGCGUGGUGGUGGAGGGCAGGGUCUUCCGCGCCCACAGGAACGUGCUGCUGGGCAGCAGCCGCUACUUCAAGACGCUGUACUGCCAGGUGCAGAAGGCGCCCGGCCAGGCCGCCGUCACGCACCUGGACAUCGUCACCGCCCAGGGCUUCCAGGCCAUCAUCGACUUCAUGUACUCGGCCCACCUGGCGCUCACCAGCAGGAACGUCAUCGAGGUGAUGUCCGCGGCCAGCUUCCUGCAGAUGACCGACAUCGUGCAGGCCUGCCACGACUUCAUCAAGGCCGCCCUGGACAUCAGCAUCAAGCCGGACGCCUCGGACGAGCUCUCGGAGUUCGAGCUCGGCGGCCCGGCGGGCGGCGGCACGGACGCCCUGCUCUCGGCCGUGAUGGCCGGCAGGAGCCUGUCCCCGUGGCUGGCCCGGCGCACCAGCCCCACCAACUCCUCCGGGGACUCGGCCAUCGCCAGCUGCCACGAGGGCGGCAGCAGCUACGGGAAGGAGGACGCGGAGCCCAAGGCCGAGGGCCCCGGCGGGGCCUCCCCGCAGCCGCUGUGGCCCGGCGACCUGGGCUACGGGCCCCUGCGCGUCAAGGAGGAGGUUCUGGGCGGGGUCCGAGCUGACCGCUUGGUCUUGCAUCUGGUGUCUGAGACUGGUAGCCCGGGGCGUGAUGCCGAACUGACUGUCCGUGAAGCCAGCAGCUCCGACGGCCGUGGGGAGAGGGUCGAGCUCUUCGCCCACGUGGACGAGGGUCUCCUGGGAGGAGAAGCCAGCUACCUAGGCCCGGCGCUGGCCCCAGAGAAGGACGAGGCGCUGCACCAGGCCUCCGCCGUGGCCAGCCUGAGGGCGGCGCUCAUGAGCAAGAACAGCCUGCUGUCGCUGAAGGCAGACGCGCUGGGGGAGGACAACCCCCUGCUGCUGGAGUACCUGCCCAAGGGCGCCCACUCGCUGUCCCUGAACGAGUUCACGGUCAUCAGGAAGAAGUUCAAGUGCCCCUACUGCAGCUUCUCGGCCAUGCACCAGUGCAUCCUCAAGCGGCACAUGCGCUCGCACACUGGCGAGCGGCCCUACCCCUGCGAGAUCUGCGGGAAGAAGUUCACCCGGCGCGAGCACAUGAAGCGGCACACGCUGGUGAGCGGCGGCGGGGGCGCCGAGGGCUCCCCUGAGCUCUUCGCGGGCGACGGGCCCUACCUGGAGGACCCUGAUGACCCACGCGGGGAGGGUGAGGAGGAGCUGGGUGAGGAGGAGGAGGAGGACGUGGCCAAGUGGAAGGAGGACAUGGGGCUGACCCACGAAGACGCGCUGACCGACGACAAGGACGAGGGGGACAGCCCCGCUGAGGCGCCGGACAAGGACUUCACUUGGGUCUCUUAGGGCCGAGCCCUGAGCCCACCCCGGGCCUGCCGGCCAGCCGCCUCUGACCCUCCCUGUGCCCCCUCCACUGACACUGGCCAGAGGGCCCAGGGCAGGUGCUGCCUCGGGCCUGGGGCCCGGCCCGGCCUCGGGGGUGCAGCGGUCAGCACUGGCUCUACCCUGCCCGGCUGCGGGCGGUGCCCAGGGCAGGGCGGCCUGUGGCCUGACUGGACACUGGGGGCAUGGUGGGUCCUGAGGCCUCACCCAGGUGCCGAGCGUGCCCCCGCCGCCUGUGGCCACCUGCCCGCGCCGGCGGUCAGCGGAGCCCGGUGCCUCCCCAAAGGCCCACGCCUGGUGCUGCACGUCCACCACAGAGGCCCUGCGGGGCCCAGGUGCUACCUGCCCGGCCGGCGGCUGCCCAGCCCAGGCCACCUCAGGCCGGUGCCCUAGCGGGUGCCCCACACCCAGUCGCCUCAAGCUGCUAACACUGGGCCCGGUGACCUGCUGACCCCACGCCCGGGGCCUCAGUGGCCGCUGGCCUUCCGCCACACACGUACCUGGCCGCGCCUUGCCGUGGCUGACCCUGCCUGCUGCGCCGAGUGCCCGGGCGACACUGCUCGUCCCUGGGCAGUGGCCUCCUGGCCCUUCUGGGCCGGGGCAGGGAUGUCCACAGCCGGCCACAGGUGCAGGCCGCUGCCCGCCCCCAGCCCACCCCUCGCAGCCGGGACCUGGCGGGAGGUGCGUCCAUUGGCGUCCACUCUUAAAGAGGCGGCAGCAGCCUGAGGAGCCCCUGGGGCAGGGCCUGGGCCCGCGGGGCGCUCUCGGGGGCGCUGGGGGGACACCCCCAUCCCUUCUCCAUGCGGCUGCCCCGCCCCCUCAGGACGUCCUGCUCUCUCCCAGCCUGCAGGCCCGCUGGCCCAGGCUCACUCCGGGCGCGGGGGCUGGGCUGGGCGGGGGCUGCUCACCGGGCCGUUUUU